AUGCAUCGUACCUUGGAACGGAAUCAGCGACUGGAAACACGACAGAAGAGAUGGUCGUGGGGAGGGUCUGUAACUCCAGAUUCAGAGAGCAAAACGGAACAACAGACCGCAGAUGAAAGUGGAACUGGUGCCAGCAAGCGGUCCACCUCCACAGCAAACCUCAAACAGACAGAAGCUGUCAUGAAUAAACGGUUGUCAUCAUCUGCAGCGCUUUUAAACGCGUCUGAUCGAAGUACCACAAAGAGAAGUGCCUCAUUAAACAGACUGAAUAACAAAGUUCCUCUACAUUCUCAGCAGUCAGCACUCAAAAGUUCGCAGGUGGAACAGAAAGGAGGAACAGAAAAGAAGAGGAGCACAUCUUUGAAUAGAAUGAGUAGUAAACCCCAACCCUCUCCAGAACUAGAAAAAGUGAAAAAGGAAGAAAAACCAGCUCGUCGCUCCCAGCUCAGUCCUCUGGACAGUAGCGUAAUCAGUCGCCUGCUCGCCCCCACACAGGCCUCUUUAGCUAGGAGUAAAAGUGCUGCUACGUUAUCGGCUGAUGGACAAGAUCCCUCAGAAUCUCACCUCUGUCCUCGUUCAGCUUCAGCCAGUUCCAUCAGUUCCCCAGUCCCAGCUCCUAAAGUGCCCGUGCGCAGUCGUAGCAUCGACAGAUUGAAGUCCUCUGUAUCUUCAUCUGAUGCAAGUUCACCAGAUUCAACCCAGAAAUCAGAGACGGAAAAACCAUCCCCAGGUUCUGGGCUAAGACGUCCUCCCUCGCCAUCUGUGUCUGCCCGUAGAAGAUCCCCUUCUCCUGCUAAUUUGGUGAAGCGUCCUCCGUCACCUUCUACAGUUAGGUAUGUGUCCAGACAAAAGACUCGCCCACCUUCGCCUAGCAUGUCAAAACAAAGGCCACCAUCUCCUACUCCAGUCUCUAAACCGGCACCCAUCCAACGUCCACCUCUGACGCCAGGUGUUAUAAAUAUUACCAAAAAGAAAACUGAAGCAGAGAGCAAACCAAAGGAUAAGAGCACAGAGGGAACAGGACAAGAGCAAGGUGCUUCACCGGCCUUGGACAGGGACGCGGUAGCAGCUAGCACAAAGACCAAAGAAGAAUCGGGUAGCAAAACAGUAGCAGGGACCACCACAGCUGAAGAAGCUGCUAAAAUCUUGGCAGAGAAACGACGGCUAGCUCGGGAGCAAAGAGAGCGUGAAGACCAAGAAAGAAUUCAGAGACAAGAAGAGGAAAGAAUCAGAGAAGAACAAAUGGCCAAGAGAGCAAUUGAGGAAAAAGUACAACAGGAGGAGGAGCUCCGCAAACAGGAGGAAGAAAAGCGACUGGCUUAUGAAGAACAACAAAGACAAGCUGAAGAGGAGCGAAUGCGCCGAGAGCAGGAAGAGCAGGAAAAACUUGCAGAGCUUCAACACCAGAAAGAAGAAGCUGAAGCAAAAGCUCAAGAAGAGGCUGAAAGACAGCGGCUGGAAAGAGAGAGAAUUAUGCAGCAAAACAUGCAGGAAAGGCUGGAAAGAAGAAAGAGAAUUGAAGAAAUAAUGAAAAGAACACGAAAAUCGGAUCAAAACGAAUCCAAGUUGCAGAAUGAAGGGAAGUCUGUCUCUGAGGCCAUGGAGGGGGAAGAUAUUGAAGAGGAGGAAGAGUUGGGUCUUGAGAAGACUGAUCAACCAGGAAAGCUAAAUGGCGUUGACUUACCCCAGGAAGUCAAGGGGGAGGCAGAGGGUUGUUCAGAGACUGUGCACAGCUUGAUCCCUACAGACUCUGAGGAACACGGUGUGUCAGAGUUGAAGGCCGGCGAAGUAUUUAUGAAUGGAGGCGAUUUGAAAAGUGAUGAGGGGUCUCUACUUGUUACUGAAUUAAAAGAUUCCAGCCAUCCUGCAAAAGAAAUGGUUAUCAGUGACUCAGUGAAGCUGGGUGUUAACGAAGCUGAUCGUACAAUUGGACUUACUCAGAAUCUUAAUGGAAAAUCUGGUUCGUGGACUUUUGAGGAGUUUAUUGACGUUGGAGUACAUUCCAAGUCAACCAAACUGAGCUCGGACAGCAUCUCCGCUGGUAACUGUAAUCAAAACUUGAAUGAUGCUGCUACAAUACCUUCUAGUCCCAAAUUGGUUUUUGAGGAAGAUGGUGCAGUGAAUUCAUUGACCAAACCUAUAGAUGCUUCAUCAGAACUGUGAACACUAGAGACCUGGAAAUAAGCUGAUUGCACUUCAGUAAUCCAGUUUUAUCAAGUACCGAAGGCCUUGUUUUGAAAAGCUGCUUGUUUACCUUUAUCCAUCUUCAAGUUUGCAAAAAAAAACAAAAAACACCAGGGGAGGGAUGACAAACUUCUAGAUUUGCACCUUGAAACAUUUCAGGGAAAUUUUGUGCUGAUGUUCCUUUUCCAUUCGUUUAGCUGAUUGUUAGAUAAGAUUUCCUUGUUCAAGUAUCACUUGUUUCCCUUUUACAGACUUUACAGUAACCUGUUUGAGUCUUUUUUUUUUUUUUU